AUGACCGCUCCCGCACCGACAACCACCGCCGCCGCAGGCACCGCCGCGCCUUCCACCACUGACGAUACUGCAUCUACUAUCACAGUCAACACAAAAGCGCCUGCUAAUAAUUUCCCUCCCGCAAAGACGGACAAGCCACGUCCUCACGUCUGCACCACUUGCCAGCGUUCGUUCGCCCGAUUGGAACAUCUCAAGCGACACGAACGCUCCCACACCAAGGAGAAACCCUUUGAGUGUCCCGAGUGCUCAAGAUGCUUUGCCCGCCGUGACCUUCUGCUGCGUCACCAGCAAAAGCUGCACCAGGCUACGACCCCGUCAUCCCGUCCUCGUAAUCGUCGUGAGUCUACAACCGGUGUCGCUCCUGGUCAGAGUCGUGCCCGAAAGAAUAGCGUCGCUGGAGCCAACGCAGCUGCCGCUGCCGCUCCGGCUUCAAAUGCCUCAAACACCAUGCGACCGCGAGCCAACACUCUUGGGCAUAUCGACACAAUGGCUGCCAUGGCCUCUGCCUCUGCCAAUGCCUCCGUGGCUCGUGGACAUGUUCAUGGUCAUAGUAGACACCCCAGCCUCGCUGGCUUUCCAAUGCCCGGCAUGGAUUCUCUCUAUGGUGGCAUGUCCGCUGCUAUGGGUCAACGAGCUAUGCAUCCUGGCAUCCCCAAACUGGAGACAGGAGCCUUUAAUAACCUCGACUAUGUUAACCCUCUCAGGACGGCCCCGAUGUCCUUCAACGAUUUCGAUUUCGACUCCAUAAUCUUUGGGCCAGCCACGACAGUAAACCCAAACAAUCUACAUUACAGCGACUCACCGCAGGUGAUGAACAUGGAAAACCCGCCCUUUGGGCACUCGAUGAACGACAUGUCUGCGAACCCCCAGUUCGACGACCCCGUUGACUGGUUGACUGGUUUUGAGCAACAGAUGUCAUUUGCGAACGAAAAUGUGAUUGAUGAUGGAUCGAGUCCGUCGGCAAUUAGCACGACGAGUCAGAGUGGGAUUAGCGAUGUUAUGUUGGAUGGGUCGAAUCAUCCUGCGCCGGCUGGGACCAGUUCCAUGUGGCCGACAUCUGUGAUGGCUCCUCCACAGAUGCCCUCGAACCCUUUUGCGGUGGAAUUGAAUGGCACAGUCUUUCCGGAUCUCCUUAGCGGAGCACCGUUAUCACCUCAGCCAGCUACUCAAAAGAUGAAUGACCCUUACUUUUCUACGCCUCCACCCUCGCUGAGCUCAUUGAGUCCCUCUGUUGUGACGGGACUCGGCACCCAAAACAUUAACCAGACCCUUGGCUUCAACGCCGGCCCGGAGACGCCAUCUUCUCUAAAUGGGGGCAACCACGGCGCUUCGCCAGUGACCACCAUUACAGAUGCUACCCGGCAUGCCAUCGUGAACAUCCUGUCCCAGUGCCUACCCUUUGGGGGUCGUAAACAUUCUUUUACUUCUCAAGGAUCACCUCAAUCGCCACUUUCUCAGUCUGCCGGCAAUGCCGCCUCGUCCCAAGCAGCUAAUCUGCCCAGUACUCAGGACCUUCAGCGAUAUGUCGGUGCCUAUCUAGCAUACUUCCACCCCCAUUUGCCUUUUCUUCAUCUUCCUACUUUGUCCUUCGAUAUGCCCAUCUCUGCCAAUAGUCGUCCAGGUGUAGGUGGUAGUGGUAGUGGUUGUCUGAUAUUGUCCAUGGCCGCUAUCGGCGCGCUCUACGAGAUGGAUACUGCCCAAUCCCGAGAGCUGUUUGAAAUGGCUAAGAAAAUGAUCUUUUUUUACCUUGAAGAACGUCGAAAAGCCGAUGUCCGAAAAGCAGAUAUUCGCCGAGGUACCCCAACUGACCAUAGCAAUGACGGCAACGCUCACACUCCCGUGUGGCUUGUGCAAGCCAUGCUUUUAAAUGUUGUAUAUGGCCAUAACUGUGGCGACAAGACUGCCAGUGACAUUGCUUCGACGCAUUGCGCCGCCUUGGUCAGCCUUGCACAAGCAGCUGACCUCUUGCGACCCAAUCGCCCCAACGCCUCUGACGGCCAGGAUGUUCAGAUGAGUGAUGACCGAAACUGGAACAUGAAUCUGGAGCCCGAUCAGGCAGAGUGGCUGCGGUGGAAGUCUGGAGAAGAGCGGAAGCGAACUCUAUACGCCGUGUUUAUACUUUCAAGCCUCUUGGUUUCCGCCUACAACCACACACCUGCGUUGACAAAUUCAGAAAUCUACCUGGACCUCCCCUGCGAUGAAGAGUUCUUCUCAGCUGAGACGAGCGCCGUCUUUCACUCACGCGGUGGAUGCGAGGCUGCAAACCACAACCGGAUGACAUUUCACGAUGCAUUGGGUGACCUCCUUCAUGUCAAUGAGAAACAGCAUCAAUUCUCUUUUGGUGGACAGUUUGACACCGAUGGAAGCGACCCGAUGAGUGCGCCUCUUCGACCCAGCACAUUCGGAUCUCUGAUACUCAUUAACGCAUUGCACAACUAUAUCUGGGAAACACGACAAAGACACCACAACAAAACCUGGACAAAUGAAGAGACAGAGAAGAUGCAUCGGCACAUUGAGCCAGCCUUGAAGGCGUGGCAAGCGGCCUGGGCAAGCAACCCUCAUCACAGCGUAGAACGUCCCAACCCUUUUGGCCAAGGCCCGCUGUCAGCUGACGCGAUCCCUCUGCUCGAUUUGGCGUAUAUUCGGCUUUUCGUCAACCUUUCACGCUCAAAAGAGAGGUUUUGGCAAAGAGACUGGGAUGGCAUGGCUGAGGAGCUUUCUCGCGGCAACGAGAUCGUGCAGCACGCUGAGCAAUCACCGAUCUCGAACUCUGAGUCUGGAAGUGCCGAACCUUCGGAUAACUCAAUCAAUGGCUCAGGAUUCGUGGAAACGCCUGCGACACAGACGUCAUCGAUGGACUUGUCCAACACUAAGCUUCCUCUACGGCCAGCAUCCUCUAGUAUGUCGAGUCACACUACGUCUCGCAGGGAAAAGCAUCUUCGGAAGGCAGCUUUCUACGCCGCCGACUCCCUCGCCAUGUCGGAUAAGCUCGGUGUGACCUUUGCCGACUUCACCAGUAGGGAACUUCCUCUUCAGUCUGCCAUGUGUGCGUUUGACUGCGCGCAGGUUCUUGCAGAGUGGAUUGCGACUUUGCAGGAUCGUGUUGGCUGCUACUUGGGGAUCCUUGGUCAGGAUCAAGUCAAUCUCUCCGAGGUUCCUGCCAUAAUGCUUCUGGAGGAAGAAGAUGUCAAGCUGCUGGGCAAAGUUCAGGAAGUGCUAUCAUCAGCAGAGAUGAAGAUGAACAUGGAGCUUGUCAAUGGCAUGAACGGCCGGGACGCCAACCUGGACUUGGGUGGGCACAACGGCUACGCUGCCAAGCUACUCCGAAUCACUGCAUUGAUGCUUGAUAAGGCUGCGGUGUGGCCAGUGACGCGACUCAAAGCUCGAUGCCUAGAAUCUCAUGCAAACUUCAUGCGGACACGGGCUGAGAGGUCCAUCAUGCCCCAGCAAAACGCACACGUGCAAGACCAGAUGUAG